ACUCCAUACUAAUCGAAGGUAUAAUCUGAAGCGAGGUCAAUGUGUCGCGUCCAACCCAUGAUGCGCAAACGCACGAGGACGAAGGAUAAUUUUCCUAUAAAAAUGUGCGAGGACCCCUCAAUAUCACAGUUUCGUACACGCCGCGAACUUGGAAGGACAUCAACAUGAAGCUGCUCUGUAUAUUCGCUGUUCUUCUUGCUAUUUCGUUAGCCGACGAAACCAACCAAGAGCAAAAUUUGGAAGAUUCGCAAGCACUUGUACCAAUUGCUGUGCAUACUCAGGAUGAACUGAAUCCGGUGACCAGUACACCGCACUUGAAGCCCAGAAGGAAGUUGAAAAGGCGUGUGAGACCUCGCUAUUAUGGUGGAAAUGACAAUAACCAACUUCAAAACAGCUACAACCAGCCCCAAAAUAACUACAACCAGCCUCAAAACAACUACAAUCCACCCCAGAAUAACUACAAUACACCCCAGAACAACUACAAUACACCCCAAAACAACUACAACACACCCCAAAAUAACUACAAUACACCCCAAAAUAACUACAAUACACCCCAGAACAACUACAAUCCCCAAAACAACUACAAUCAACCUCAGAACACCUAUUACCCACAGAACCCUCAGAACAAUUAUUGGACACAAGCUAGCACAGCAUCGCCAUAUCCGAUAGAUGUGGCAAAUAUUCAAACAACAACUACUCAAAGGCCAUGGUCCACUUGGAGUCAAGCUCCCACUUCCACAUCGAGCACCACGACACCCAUACCAGUUAUCAAGAACGAACAAACCAUCGGAGACAACGGCAGCUACAAAUAUGAAUACGAAAUCGCGGACGGCACGCACGUCUGGGAAGAAGGUUACCUAGUCAACCCGAAUACGGAAAACGAAUAUGUCGUUAAGAAAGGCAUGUACUCAUUUACCGCUGCUGAUGGCAAGGUGUACACGGUGAAAUACUGGGCUGACAACACCGGUUACCACGCGGAGGGCGCCCACCUCCCACAGCCCCCGCCAGUCCCACCAGCGAUUCAGGCAUCCAUUGACCAAAACGCUAAGGAGGAAGCUGAAAAAGCUGAAGCUGAGAAGAAUAAGCAACAAGCGGAGCAACUACCGAAACCCAUUAAGCCUCCUACACAAAUUCAACCCAAACCUCAACCAGGCAACAAUCAGCAAACACAAAAUCCUCAAACGAACUAUCCUCAACAAAAUUAUCCUCAACAGAACUACCCCCAACAGAAUUACCCCCAACAGAAUUACCCCCAACAGAACUACCCUCAACAAAACUAUCCACAACAAAACUACCCUCAACAGAACUAUCCCCAACAGAACUAUCCUCAACAAAAUUAUCCUCAACAAAGCUAUCCUUCGGAACAGCAAAAUUACCCCUCUCAAGAACAAAACAGCUUCUAUCCACCCCUCUCUUAUGGAAAGUAGAGACGAAAGCGAUAUGAGACUUCAUAAGUUCAAUGAAGUCUAACGCAUUUAAAAAUGUUACCUCAGUUUUAAGUAUUGCUAUUUCACGAACCCUUGUAAAAUUAUUCUUAUUUUCGUUGAUAUAUUUUAAGUCAAAAAAAUAUUCCAUGAUUACAAUUAUUCGUAUUUGUUGUUUUAUCAUCAAUGUUCGUGAUUUAGUUUAUUAUACAUAAGACUAAGCAGUAAUCUUGUUCACGACAUAAAUUGUGAACCCGAUUUCUGCGAGCGAUGUAUACUAUAAUAUGUGAUAUUGAUUGUCGAUGCCAGUUUUAGAUGUAAUGUAAACUUAAUUAAUAAAUGA